AUGGUUUGCUUGCCGCAAACCAUGCUCACCUCGAUGAGGCAGCAGCGCACAGACUUUUAUCUCGGGGCCAUCAGAGACAUGCUGGUAGCUGUGGGUGGCAGGAAUGAAAACAGAACACUGUCAUCAGUGGAGGCAUACAGCCCUGAGAAGAACACCUGGUCCUAUGUUGCCAGCUUGCCCAGGUUCAUGUAUGGCCACGCGGGCGCCAUCCGCGAGGAACUCGUCUAUAUUUCGGGAGGCCAUGAUUACCAGACAGGUCUCUUUCUCAAAAACCUGCUGUGCUAUGAUUAUCGGACGGAUACCUGGGAGGAGAGAAGGCCCAUGAUCACGGCCCGGGGCUUUCACAGCAUGUCUACUUUACAGAAUGACACUUAUGUCAUCUGGGGCAGCGACAACUACCUGGAUAUGACACGCUUUGACAUCCUGGAAGUGGAAUCCUACAGCCCCAAGUGCGAUCAGUGGAAUAGGGUGGUGCCUUUGCUCCAGGCCAACAGCAAAUCUGCUGUGGCCACCUGGGAUAGCAAGAUCUACAUCCUGGGCGGCUACAGUUGCAAAAACACCAACAGCUUCUCCAAGGCCGUCCAGGUUUACGACAAAACAUCAAAGCAAUGGCAGAAAGCUAGAAACCUUCCCAAAGCCAUCGCCUAUGUUUCGGCUUGCGUCUGUGUCUUGAGGCCUGAACCGCAAUGCCACGAGGAUCAAGGAAGAUGAGUGAUGGCUCUUGGACUGAAGCCUAUCCUUAUCCCGAUGCAGGCAGACCUCAAACUUACAGCCAGAAUCGGAACUGGAACUUCCAUUGCUAAACGAGGCGGUUCUUAAGCGGAGUUGCACCUGAUCUUAUGUCCUUUCUUUCCGUGGUGGUUGAGCAAAACACCACUGUCGUUAAGUGAAUUGCAUGGUGGUUGAGCGAAUCCAGCUUCCCCUAUUGACUUUUAUCAGAAGCUGGCUGUGAAGUUUGCAAAAUAGUCUUUUCUUUGUUAAUUUUCAACCCUACUAAUUUACUGAAUUUAUCUAUUUCCCUUAAUAAUAUCGGUCCGCAAUUUAUU